ACUUCACUGGAAGAGGAUGAGGCAAGUACACAACGAGGGGAACUUCCUUCCUCCAUAAUCACGGCCAUGGGACGGGCGUUUAUAAAGGCACGGCUGGCUCAACGCGGAGAACUUACAAGACGCUGAAAACAGGGCUUCGUUGAACAUUUGCAGUCGGUACAGUAGCCCGUUUAAACGUGUAGAAUGAAUAAUUUAAUCAUGCUUGUAUCUAUCGCGAUUCUGUCGCAAGUACACGGAAACGUCCGGAGCAGCAUUUCGUGCAUUUCGAAGCACUGCUACUUUGCAUUUGAGAGCACAACAGAUUUUCAGAUGGCACUUGAAAUGUGUGAAAAAACACAAGGACACCUGAUGACAGUACGGUCUAGUGAAUCGAACGACGCGAUACUUGAUUUGUUAACGGAUGUUAAAGGAGAGUUUUGGAUUGGGCUGCAGUUUAACGGUAAAGAUUGUACGAACACCUCACUGGAACUGAGGCGGUAUGAGUGGAUAACGGGAGAUACACAAACUGACUUCACCAACUGGAGAAACAGCGAGAUUUUCUGCACUCCGAAGUGUGUUUCUGUUUCUCGCGACCUCAAGUGGACAGAGAAACCGUGUCACGAUAUGGCCGAUGGGUUUCUGUGCGAGCACCCCUUUGGAUGCGAACCCCUGGUGCCUACGGAGGCGGGCGAAUCUCUUGAAUAUACUACACCUUUCGGAGUCUUGUUUCCUCCUGGGACCCUUGCGACGGCAAACCCCUCCGGAAUCAAACACAUUUGCGCGCCCGGACAAGGGUGGCUUCGGGCUCCCUGGUCCUGUGAGGUGGGGGGAGGCGGCUGCCAGCACAAGUGCGUCAAAAACGGAGGGCCACGGUGCGUGUGCCCACCUGGCCAGGCGCUUCAGAGUAACGGGGUAACUUGUGCAAGUACAUCAAAUGACCCCUGUUUAACCAUGGGGUGUGAGCACACAUGCAUCCCGCCCAACGGCUCGUGUAAGUGUCAGGAUGGAUACGAGCUGCGCGAGGACGGGAAAAGCUGCAGGGACAAAGAUGAGUGUCGCGGUGCAGUAAUUUGUCAGAGCUCAAAGUGCAUUAACACGAUGGGUAGUUACGAAUGCCACUGCCUUGACGGCUUUAAAAAAGAGAAUGGUAAUUGCGUGGACAUUGACGAAUGCUUCAUGUCACCGUGUGAGCACUGGUGUAAAAACACCCGAGGUAGCUACACGUGCUCGUGCUCUGAAGGGUUUCGCCAAAGAAUCGAUGACCACACACAGUGUGAAAUCUACUGUGAUGAAAACGAGUGCCCCGCGCGAUGCGACAUAAACGAUCCGACAGAAUGUCGGUGUCCGGAAGGAUAUAUAAUGGAUAUGCCCAGUCAAGACAAACGAGUUUGCGUUGAUAUAGACGAAUGUAGCGGGAAUUAUUGUUCACAUGGCUGCACAAACACUUUCGGGAGUUACAUUUGCUCAUGUCCGGUGGGCUUCACGCUAAUUGACAGAUAUAACUGUAAAGACUAUUCAGAAGAAGGUUCCGGUUUUACAACUCCUUCGGACACAGUUACACCGACUUCGAACUACACAACGGACAUAACCUCCGCGAUGACGCCAGGAGGUCUUCUUGGAAUCAUGGUGUGCAUUGUGCUUAUGAUUCUCAUCAUCGUCUUCCUCGUGCACCAAAUCUCGAAGCGUCGCUCGAGCUGGAAGGUCGCGUGCAUACAUAAAAACCAAGGGGAAGACCUGCAGGACUUACAACAAGUGACUACGGAAAAGUACACGAAAAAAUCUAUAUUUGUGAACAGAGAUUUAAAACAAGACACUUAAAACGUUACCAUCGGUAUUAUUGCACGCUAUCUAAAGCUUAAUUAGUCCCUUGCUUUUUCAUGUCACAGUGUAUGUUUACAAAUGUUUUAAUAUGAAAAUGCAGUUGCACUUUUAAUGGAGAUUCGUUAAUAUAAAAAUUAUGUUCCUGUGAGAGCAGCUUUAUGAAAACCAAACAUUUGCUUUUACCCUCGAAUGUGUAUUUCAUUGUAAACCUGCAAUACCAAAGAGACAAGUUGCACAAAUGUAUUACUGUGUUUAGAACUGUCUGCUAUAGCCCGUAUAUUCACAGUAUUAGGUGUUGCAGCUACGACUACUAUAAACCAGACCGUGGAGUUUAAUGUAAUGUUAAUGCUGUCAGAAGCCACAUCCAUAAUUUAAAAAAGAAUCCAAGCUCUCAGACACAGGAAAAUCUUGCCCCAGUUGUCUGGGAAACUGCAACAUGGAUUUCAAGACGUGCGUAAUUUCUUCCAGCAUUUACAACUGUCUAUUCUUUGUACUGUUGUCUACCAUUCUGUUUAGCUUGUAUAAUAUCUGACUCUGUACAAGCACAACUUUGCUGCCUUAAUAAUGUGUUUUCAAUACCAAAGGAAAGUUCUACCAUGGUUUCUGAACAGGUAAUUCAAGUGGCUUUGGGGGCAAAGCAAUCCAGCGAAGACACGAAUUGCAGGACACCCAAAUUAUGAAUUGCCUACGAGAAUAUCAGAAUAACAUGAAUGCUUAUAUGUCUGGGCCAAGCUAGGCGACUAAACUGCUUAUUGUUUUUAUGUCAUGAAGAGUACAUUUGAGAUUAAAAAUUCAAGUUGGUGAAAAAUGUGUACAUAUGCCGAACUGUAAAAAGGUAGGCUACUGAACUGUUGCCACUCUCAGCUGUUAAUAUGUAUCGGGCAAAUAAAAUGUUUUGUAAGUCCAAAGUAAGUAAACUUA